UUUGUCUCCCACUAUUAUCAGUGCACGUCUCUUACCCUCUUUGUUUCUCUACCUUCACAUGUGAUCUUGCCCCACGUGAUCAUAUGCACCAAUUAUAUCCUCACACAUCUCAUUCUUUCUCUCUCUCAACACUUUCAUGAUUCAUUAACUUUUGCCUGUGUACACUGCAUAUGCUAGAUUUGAUUCGAUCCUUGUUGCUUCUACGUCUUAUCUCUUAUUGGGCUAUUGUGAAUAUCUUAAUAUCUGCCUAAAGGGUAUGUGAAAUUGUCAAUUUUGAUAUCUUUCUUAUUGUGCAGCUGAAGUGUUUGAAGAUUGUUCUGUGUGGCUGAUGGUGUUGAAGAACUUUCCAGUUAGUUAUUUACCUCUCUGGUCUUCAAGGAAUUUGUUUGUUUGGUUGUGUAAUCUGACAAAUUCCUGGUCAAGUUGAUUGUGGAUAAUGUUCUUUAUUGUUAUCUAUGCUCUUCCAACCUUUAUUACUCUUUAGUCAAUUGGAGAUUUCCCCCAAUUUUUUAUAUUAAAAUUUGGGGAGUCUUCCUUUAAAUUGGGGCUAGUGAGUGAGAGAGACAUGUGGGGAAGGGGUUUCUGAGUUGGAUUUGGUUGGAUACCCUCCAGAAAGUAAAGUGGCAUGCAAGUUGUUCAGACAUCUUGAGUAGCAUACACCAUGUUAGGUUGAUUUUGAGGCUCUUAGUGUUAUCUUUUACUUCUGAAAGAAAUCUCAGAUCCAAUCCAACCUUUGUUGCCAAUAUCAGGGGUUAUCAUCAAUCUUCUUCCUUCAGAUACUUUCUGUUUUUGGUGGGGGAUCUUGAACAGGAAAAUAGUCAACUUUAUGAGGUAAAUUAUUGUGCUUGCUCAUGGGAAUUAAGAGCUAGUAUUAUAUGAGGAGAAGUAAAGCUUAAAGCUUCCGCUUGUGCUAUGAAAAAUUUGAAGCCUAACACAACAUGGGUAGCAACAACAAAACCAUUGUUUGGUUUAGAAGGGACCUUAGAAUAGAGGACAACCCUGCAUUAGCUGCUGCUGCAAGGGAUGGUUCUGUACUUCCUGUAUACAUAUGGUGUCCUAAAGAGGAAGGGCAAUUCUAUCCAGGCCGAGUUUCGAGGUGGUGGUUGAAGCAGUCACUCGCUCACUUGUAUCAGUCACUGAAAUCUCUUGGAGCUGAACUUGUGCUGAUCAAGACUCAUAGUACUCUUGAUGCACUUUUGGAGUGUGUGAAUGCUGUCCAAGCAACAAAAGUAGUGUUUAACCAUUUGUAUGAUCCAGUUUCACUUGUUCGCGAUCACAACAUCAAAGAAAAACUAGUGGAGUCUGGCAUAUCGGUUCAAAGCUACAACGGGGAUCUGUUGUACGAACCAUGGGAAGUAUAUGAUGAUCGUGGACAUGCUUUUACAACCUUUGAUCCUUUUUGGAAGAAAUGCUUGCACAUGCAAAUGAAAUCUGUUUCCCUUAUUUCUCCUUGGCAAUUAACUCCUGCUGAAGGAAAGCUUGGGAAAUGUUCAAUUGAAGAACUAGGUCUUGAAGACGAAUUAGAAAAGCCUAGCAAUGCACUACUCGGUCGAGCAUGGUCUCCGGGUUGGUGCAAUGCCGACAAGGCCUUGACAGAGUUUGUGGAGCAGCACCUAAUUCACUAUUCCAAGAGUAGGCUGAAGCUUGGUGGAGACUCCACCUCGCUCUUGUCCCCAUAUCUCCACUUUGGAGAAUUGAGUGUAAGAAAGGUAUUUCAGUUAGCACGCAGGAAACAGAUAUUAUGGUCCAAUGAAGGAAACAUCGCCGGCGAAGAGAGUGUAACUCUUUUCCUCAGGGCAAUUGGACUUAGAGAGUACUCACGCUAUCUUUGUUUCAAUUUCCCAUUCACCCAUGAGAGAGCACUUCUAGGACACUUGAAGUUUUUCCCUUGGAAUGCUGAUCCGGCUAACUUUAAGACUUGGAGACAAGGGAGGACUGGAUUUCCAUUAGUUGAUGCCGGAAUGAGAGAACUCUGGGCGACAGGAUGGAUACACAAUAGAAUAAGAGUAAUAGUUUCUAGUUUUGCUGUGAAAAUGUUGCUUCUACCGUGGAAAUGGGGAAUGAAAUACUUCUGGGACACACUUCUGGAUGCGGACCUUGAAUGUGAUAUCUUGGGCUGGCAGUAUAUAUCAGGAAGCUUACCGGAUGGUCAUGAGCUUGAGCGGUUGGAUGAUCCUGAGAUUCAAGGGGCUAAAUUUGAUCCGGAAGGUGAAUAUGUGCGGCAAUGGCUACCAGAGUUGGCAAGAAUGCCAACUGAGUGGAUCCAUCACCCUUGGGAUGCGCCACUAACUGUGCUUAGAGCAUCGGGAGUUGAACUGGGUCAAAAUUAUCCGAAGCCAAUAAUUGAUGUAGAUUUAGCCAGAGAAAAACUCACUGAAGCGAUAUUCAAGAUGUGGGAAGCUGAGGCAUCCGCAAAAUCCGUUGGCUCGGAAGCAAGGAAUGAAGUUGUUGUUGAUAACUCGAGCAAUGUCAAAAAUUUGGACAUUCCAAAUGUUGUCUUGAAGGGUAAGAGUCCAUGUGCCACGGUUUCAGCUAAUGAUCAGAUGGUUCCGGCAUUUCAGGAUCCCAAGAUCGAACCACCUGUUGGGAAAAGACCAAAGUACAUGGAGGAGGCAAGACAGAAUGAAGAUCAUUCACAAAACCAUAACAAAGAGACCGGGGUGUCGGGCGUUGACCAAGAGAUGUGCUCAACAGCUGAAUCCUCAUGCAAGAAGCAGUGUACAAGCAGCACGUAUUCGUUUUCCGUUCCACAACAGUGUUCUUCAUCUUCUAACUUAAAGUGGCCAUGGCAAGAUCAGAUUGACAUGGAUCAGAGUUCAAGCAAAGAUGGUGAGUAUACUGAUUUUUCCAAGGAUGAAAGGAAAUGAAAGCACAUAUUUAAAGAAAUUAUCUUUAUAUUAUUGGGAAUAUAUUAUAAAACAAUGGACCAGCAACAAAUUGGUCAAGUAGUAGAAAACUUGUUUCUUCAUAGUGGUCUCCAGUUUGAACCUUGGGAUGACGGAAACAAAAAAGGGACCACACGGUGGGAGAGUCAACCACAAUACUAGUCAUCCUGAUGUAAUUAUCAGGUUAGAAUGCAUACAUUACACCCCUUGGGUGCAGCUCUUUUCUGGACCCUGCUUUAACACGGGAUACUUGUGCACCGGGCUCCCAUUUUUAAUGUUGAUGCAACCUUUGGAACUUUGCAGAUUCAUAGUGCAUUCUAAGUCUCAAACACAUUGGAAGGAGUUCAGAUUCUCUCCAUUGGAAAAAACAGUUGAUUCCAAUAGUUAUAUUAGCAUUUUUUUGUUUGGCUGGAUUUUAUGUGCUUCUAACAAUUAAGAAUUAACCAAUAAGAAUUGCUAUGCAGGAGCUGUGUGAGGUUAAUGCUUGUUCUUAUAUAAGUCCAGUGGCAGAUGCAUUACUCCCAAGACAAAAAAUUAGUCCUAUUCUAAAUAUAACCGGUGCAGUUUACUAAGACUAAGCUCUACAUGCAUAUGUUUUAUGUGGCUAUAUUCUCAAGCAGUGGUGCAAAAAGGUUAUGAAAUCAAAGAGAAGAGCCACUUGUAUUGAAAUAGCCAACUUUUGUAUAUUAGUAAUGUCGUAGUGAUGGUGAUGUCCAUAUACAUACAUAUUCUGACAAUCUUGUAUACAAACCUAACAAACUUCAAAUGUUCUAUACAUUACAUUAUUCUAGAA